CCCACGUGUCUCCCAAUUGUCCACAGGCCUGCACUGCCCUGUGGACCACAGCCGCCCUCCACCUUAGAAAACCAGAUGAUGAUGGGUGAAGGGAGAGAGGAAGCAGCCUGGAGAGGAGAGGGGAACUGUAAGAAGGCAUCAGGUUCAAGUCAAAGUCUUGUAUUGAGGGAUUAGAGACAGAGAUAAAGGAAAAAGAUGGAGUCGAAACAUUUGACCAGUUUACAGAAUAAUUGAUUUACCAAAAUGCUGAUGAAUUAACUCUGACGAUGUAGCUACAAAUUUGACUGAAAGUGGGUUGGAGAACAUACCAAACAUCCAGAGUUAGAUUAACUAGUAACAUGAUUUAGUAUCAGACUGAGGUUAAAAAAGAGCAUCUUCAUUAUUAAUUUAACUAUUACUAAUUAUUUGCUGGUUUCCACUUAGGGAGAGACUUUUGGGGUUAAUGUUUUUGUUUUAAGUUAGCGUUCAAAUUGAUCAGAUUUGUCUUUUUGGUCAUGAAUAAGAUAAGGCACAAUUUGGUUGACUAAUACUAUUACUAGAAUUUGUUUCUAUUUUUAUUCUUAUUCAAGUCUAUCAUAUUCCAUUCACUUCUAUUCUGUUCUGGGGGGGGGUCCACUGAGGCCCCUGACGCUGUAAUGUGUUUGUACGCCCCUGUCUGGAGCCUCAGUUGAACGUGAGCUCAGGCAGAGAAGCUUCUGUUCCUUCAGUUCUCUCUCACACAGGUUGCAGAAAUGGUACGGUGAAAACAUCGGUCCGUCACCAGAGUGCUGUCAUCAGGCUGUUUUUCAUCCCAGCACCAUGGAGGCUCAGCCUGGUGCAUCAUGGGAGCUCAUCCAUAAAAUGACAGCAACAAUACAAAAGGAUUGGUAGAGCUUCAUGGAGACUGACGGCUACACAAUGGGUCCGGACUGGGCCGGGACGGUGGCCAGCUUGGAGGGGAUGGGAGACCUGCAGGAGCUGGAAGAAGGAGGGGGCUCCUCGUACUGGUACAUGCCGUACUCACUGGGCUUUCAGGUGUCGCUCACAGCCUUCCUCAUGGUGGAGCUAGUGUUGGGUUUCAGCAGCAACCUGACCGUACUGGUCCUCUAUUGUUCUCAGUCCAAUCUAGUGGACUCGGUGAGUAACAUGGUGACUGUCAAUCUGCACGUCCUGGACGUGGCGGUGUGUGUGCUCUGUCUGCCUCUCACGCUGGUGAUGGUGCUGCUGAGUCCAGGUCCAAACUUGGCCCUGCUCUGCUGCUUCCACGAAGCCUCCGUCACCUUUGCCAGCAUAUCUACGGCAAUCAACAUCCUGGUCAUUAGCUUAGACCGAUAUGACAUCUCAGUCAGGCCAGCCAACCGGCUGCUAACGACACGCAGAGCAGCGCUGCUCCUGGCUGCUGUUUGGGGAACCUCGGUGGCAGUGUUUUUUAUUCCAUUUCUGCAGGUUGAGUGGCCUGGAGGAGAUGACUCUGAUCAGAAAGGGCACGUGCCCCCCUUUUCAUUAGCCUUGCAUAGCAACAGUGCCACAGCUGUGCCUGCAUGGCAUAACCAGACUCUCCUCUGUCUCGGUGGGCAGGGCUAUCACACGGGCAUGGGCUUGAGUUACCAUCUGAUGCUGCAGGUGCCUGUCUUCUUUACCACUGUGGCAGUCAUGCUCUUCACUUACUCCAGAAUACUGAGGACGUUGAACAUCCGCAUUGGCUCCCACAUGAAGAGGAGCCAGAGGUUGAAGGGCGCUUCCUGCAAUAGACAUCACAAAAGACAGAAAAAGAAGAGAGCAGGGGAGCAGCCCCCGGGGAACAGCGGUGAAGACGUGGAAGGAGGGCAAAGUCACGUUAAUGUUACCAAACAGCUGAGCCACCCUCCCCUUAUUUCCUCUCCUUCACCCACACCCACUGCAACCUCCCCUCCUGCCCUUUCUUCUUCAGCCCCACUGGUCAUUUCUGCAGCCACACCCUUACCUCCAGUGGGCGUUCAGGCCUCUGUCUCUGCGAUCAUCGCUUUGAGGAGGGCAGUGCGGCGACAUAGGGACAGGCGAGAGCGGCAGAAGCGAGUCUUCAGGAUGUCACUCAUCAUCAUCAGCACCUAUCUGGUUUGCUGGGCCCCACUCUCUGUGAUUAAUGUGCUUAUUUUAGGCAUCGGUCCCAGCGAUGCCCUCAUCAGCCUGCGCCUCUGGUUCCUAGCACUGGCUUAUGGAACCACAAUCUCCCACCCUCUCCUCUAUGCUUUCACCCGACAGAAGCUGCGCCGUGCCCUCCGUUCCAAGGUGAAGAAAAGGGUGGUGUCUCUACUCCAAGUGGACCCAUCGCCCCGAGGCCCGGUUAUACACAACUCCUGGGUGGAGAACAGGAAAAAUAGCCGUAAGGUGAGACUGGGAGCCAGUGAAGGUCCUGACCGUUGCCAGGCGGAGGCCCUGUGAGACCAACACAACUUA